AUGGAGCUGGAGCUGGGGCUUGCGCCGCCCAACCACGCGGGCUCGUGCGGGAAGAGGGGCGUGGCGGAGGCGUUCGGAAUCAAGAAACCCACGCUGCCACUCUUCCUGGGCGACGACGACGACGACGGUGGCCACGGCCACGGCGAAGACGGCACUGGCGACACUCGCGACUGGGAGAUGGGCAGCAAGAGGAGGAGGCUUGUGGGGUGGCCGCCGGUGAAGAUCGGGCACCGUCCGCGCAGCAACGGCCACGUGAAGGUGAAGAUGGAAGGGGUGCCCAUCGGGAGGAAGGUGGACCUGUCCCGCCACGCCUCCUACCACCAGCUCCACCACACGCUCCGCCUCAUGUUCCCAUCCUCCACUUCUCACCAUGGCGAUCCAUACGCCGUCACCUACGAGGACGGGGAUGGGGACUGGAUGCUCGUCGGAGACGUGCCGUGGGAGGAGUUUAGCAAGUCGGCUAGACGGCUCAACAUACUCAUGUCACCACCGACGACUACACUUGGCACUGCUGGUUGA